GCGGCGCGGAGAUACCGCAGCCUCCCCGAGCCUCGAGUCCCGCCUGGGACAGCAGCAGGCAGCGCCCGGCCACCUGGCCACCGCACCUCGGCCCCGCCAAGCCGCCGUCGCCGCGCCGGGGGCACCGCCAGCCAUGGCCGCGCCGCUGGAUCCGCAAGAUGAGCUGCUGCCGCUGGCUAGCCCCGGGUCCCAGUGGUUCGGGGACCGGGGAGAGGGGGAGGACGAAGCGGUGACGCCGAAUGGGGCCAAGCCGGCGCCUCCGGCGGGGGAGCCCGGCGGGGGGUUGGGCGCCGGGGCCGGGGCAGCGCCGCCGCGGGAACUGGGCUCGGGCCCCGCCCGGCCGCCGCCCGUUGCCGUGGAAACCGCCUCCACAGGUGUGGCAGAUGUCUCUGGCGCCAUGGAUCACACCUUCUCAGCAACACCAAGAGAUAGGGAAAGAACGUGUUACACAUCUCUGAUUUCUGACAUCUGUUACCCACCUCGGGAGGAUUCUACAUAUUUCACUGGAAUUCUUCAGAAGGAAAAUGGCCACAUCACCACCUCAGAGAGCCCUGAGGAGUUGGGUAGCCCUGGACACUCCUUACCAAAUGUGCCUGCAAUGGAGCCUCGUGGCUUAUUUAGUUCUGAUUCUGGAAUAGAGAUGACCCCUGCAGAAUCCAUUGAAGUCAACAAGAUCUUAGCAGACCCCCUGGACCAGAUGAAAGCAGAAGCCUAUAAAUACAUUGACAUAACCAGGCCAGAGGAGAUGAACCAUCAGGAACAACGUCACCCCAGGUUGGAAGAUAAAGACUUGGACUGUAAGAAUAAGGACAUUGAAAUCUCAGCAAAACCUCAAGGGGUCCCUGAACCUGACAAACCAGUUCCUGUGGAGGGAAACAUCAUCAAGGACCAUUUAUCUGAAGAGUCCACAUUUGCUCCUUACAUAGAUGAUCUCUCUGCAGAACAGCACAGCCCUCCUCUGAUCAGUGCCCCUGUCAAAAUCACGCUGACGGAGAUUGAGCCUUCUGUUGAAACUGCUACCCAAGAGAAGACCCCCGAGAAGCAAGACAUCUGUCUGAAGCCAAGUCCUGACACUGUCCCCACAGUCACCGUCUCAGAGCCUGAAGAUGACAGCCCCGAAUCUGUUACCCCUCCAUCUUCUGGAACAGAACCAUCUGCUGCAGAAUCCCAGGGGAAAUGCAGCAUCUCUGAGGAUGAGCUGAUCACCGCCAUCAAAGAAGCAAAGGGCUUAUCGUAUGAAACCUCGGAGAGCCCACGGCCGGCGGCCCAGGCGGCCGACAGACCCGAGGCCAAGGCCCGCUGUGGGCUGCCGACCCUCCCCAGUCCCCUGGACCAUGAGGCCAGCAGCGCGGAGUCGGGGGACUCCGAGAUCGAGCUGGUGUCGGAGGAGCCGAUGGCCGCCGAGGACGCGCUGCCCUCGGGCUACGCGAGCUUCGGCCACGUGGGCGGCCCCCCGCCUUCGCCCGCCUCGCCGUGCGUCCAGUACAGCAUCCUGCGGGAGGAGCGCGAGGCCGAGCUGGACAGCGAGCUUAUCAUCGAGUCGUGCGACGCCUCCUCCGCCUCGGAGGAGAGCCCCAAGCGGGAGCACGACUCGCCCCCAAUGAAGCCGAGCGCCCUGGACGCCAUCCGGGAGGAGACGGGCGCCCGGGCCGAGGAGCGCGCGCCCUGCCGGCGGGGCCUGGCCGAGCCGGGUCGCUUCCGGCAGGAGCCCCCGGCCGCCCCCCGCGCCGGCCCCCAGCCGCUCUGUGGAGACGGAGCCCUGGCGCCCCAGGAGCCCGCCUCGCAUGGGAAACCUGUGGAAGCUGCAAGCUGCGACCGAGGUCCCGAGGCCACAGAGCGCCCUGGGCCGCGAGCUCCAGGCGCCGCGCCCCCGCUGCUGUUUCUCAAUAAGCAGAAAGCUAUUGACCUGCUGUACUGGCGGGACAUCAAGCAGACGGGCAUAGUGUUCGGGAGUUUCCUGCUGCUGCUCUUCUCCCUGACCCAGUUCAGCGUGGUGAGCGUCGUGGCCUACCUGGCCCUUGCUGCACUCUCGGCCACCAUCAGCUUCCGCAUCUACAAGUCUGUCUUACAAGCUGUGCAGAAAACCGACGAGGGCCACCCUUUCAAGGCCUACCUGGAGCUCGAGAUCACCCUUUCUCAGGAGCAGAUCCAGAAGUACACAGACUGCCUGCAGUUCUACGUGAACAGCACUCUUAAGGAACUGAGGAGGCUCUUCCUCGUCCAGGACCUGGUGGAUUCCUUAAAAUUUGCAGUCCUGAUGUGGCUCUUGACUUACGUUGGAGCUCUCUUCAAUGGCCUGACCCUGCUGCUCAUGGCUGUGGUUUCAAUGUUUACUCUACCUGUAGUGUAUGUUAAGCACCAGGCACAGAUUGACCAAUAUCUGGGACUUGUGAGGACUCAUAUAAAUGCUGUUGUGGCAAAGAUUCAGGCUAAAAUCCCAGGCGCUAAAAGGCACACUGAGUAGAUCGAUCUCCCAUCGGGGACUGGACACAAACAGGAAUGUCUGGAGUGGUAACAGCUCUCUUCUUACUCGUUACUGCAAAUUGAUUGUUUUUCCCCCAGUACCAUAAUCUUAGAGACAAACUUUAAAACAGCUGUUUUCAGGCUGUUUCUGUAUUCAUAGGAUAUUUGAGUCACUUGUGUCAAGCACUGAAGUAUAGAGAAAAGUGUAUUAGAUGUGGUUUUUCAUUUCGUGUUGCUAAAAAAAGUGCAUGAUGGUGAGAGCCCCAGUUAUCUGUCCUUCAGUAUCCUCCUCCUCCUCUCUGCAGCGCUUCUGUAGCUUCUGACAUUCCCCGCGGCUGGGCCUUUCCCGCCGAGUGCACGGAUACAAUAGUGGAAAUCGCUUAUAUGUCCUUAGGUUGCUGGUUGGGUUAAUCUUUAAUAACAAUAUAUAGAAUUGUAGACUGAUGUUUUAGCAGUUUUCCAACACACACAACGUAAAAAUAAAAACAGCCGACCGUACUUAUGAUCAUCAGUUUUGUAUAACUUAAAAUAAUUAAAUAAAUGAAUAAACCCCAAAUGAACACGCGGUACUUUUGUUGUAUGGGAUUGAUGGGCUGAUUUACAUGUGUGGUAACUAAAAAGUACCAGCAUGUUAACUUUAUUACAAUUUGUAUUACUUUCUCUGUAGUUCUUCAUGGACUUAAUU